CAGUCAACGCAGCAAGGUGCACAAAUAAGCUGAGCAUCUUUCAAAUUCAUCAUACGGCUUUUCGGUUCUAUGCUACGUCCAUGGUCGCAACAGACUCUUCAACUCUCCACCUUCUUAGCAUGGACGUCAAGCUGUGUGUGUGAGAGAAGAUGAUUCCCGCGACGGGCUUGCCUGUAGGCAGGCAACUUGGGUAGGGCGUGGCGAGGUUGAUCCCCCGCUCGUUGGUGUUUGCCGAUGAUUCUGACCUUCCUUCUUGGGUUACCGUCGAUCAACCCAUGCCAGCAUGAUUUGAUCCUCCGCACGAGGGAGAGGUGGGUGGGUUGACUCCUCCCAGGCUAAAGAGCGAAGAACCUCCUCCACAAAAAGUCCAGUCAGCCGCAUCUUUGGUCCGGGUUUCCUUUCUUUCUUCGCAGCCAGCCCGCGGCCCCAAGUAGCAUUUCGUCCCCCGUCCGCGUGUACCCGAUCCCGGCUUGCACGAGCGGCCUCCGUAUUCGGCCGUACGUACCUACCAUAUAUACCCCCCCCCCCCCCCCGUUGGUCCUCCAAAUGUUCUCGUUCGUUGCGAGACGUGCGCUUGACGCUACUGCAGCCGCGGCAUCGGCGGAAGCUGCUACAGGCGCUUCCGGAUCCAACUCUGCGGGCGGCGGCGGGCUCGGCACCGGCGCGAAACCUGGCAUCGGCAUCGGCGUGGUAGCGGGGAUCAUGGCGCUCGCGGCGGCAGGGUACCUCCAGCGACGGGCGAGGCUGAGGAGGAGAGCCGCGAGUUCCGGUGGUCUAGGGGACGAGAAGCAUGCAGGCGGACAGGAGGGCGGACUGGAUGGCACUGGCACGGAGGACACGGGAAAGGGGCCAGUCAUAUGCGAGGGCGGGACGUGUAGCAAGCUGCGGAUGGUGGGCGCUUGAGUCGCGUAAGGGAGAUGCUGGCUUGGUGUAGACGAUGUCGAGCAUGUAGGGAGGAUGGGACAAAUGGGCAAGCUUACGGGGCAAAUUCACGGAUUGGUCACAAUCACGGUACAUGACGAAAAUUGUAAAGGUCAAUGGGCUGACCGUGUCUUGCAAACUUGAACUCGGAUGGAUGACCAGCCAAGACCCGGGACUUUGGUGCGUCGAAGCCUCGAAAAGUCACUUAGGAUGCGAGUGUAAGACGCUGUAAUUCAACGAU